AUGAUAGAUGGCGUGGUCAAGCAACCUUUGCCCUCUGCAACGACACGAUGUAACUUCGCACCUGGCGUUCGACCUCCACCGGCAGCCCCUGGCAAGCGUCGUUGGCCUGGUUGCUGGCAAUCAGCGUUGACCUUACCAGGCCUCCUCGUCACAAGGAGAUCUGGCAGAAAACAGCUGAGUGCUGGACCCAAAGCGACAGAGCAUGGAGAUGAACGAAGGUAUGGCAUCGAGGAGGUCGAUGGCAAGGGACUCGGCGUCAUUGCAAAACUCAGCCUGGAGGCUGGCGAUUUGGUAUUUGCUGAGACACCUCAGCUGACAUUCGAGACAGACUCCAGCCAGAGCAUGCGGAAGGUGAAGGAAGAAUUUCAAGGGAAGCCGUCAACAGUGAAAGAUGAAAUCAUGAGUUUGGAAGAUGCGUGGUCUUCCAGGGGCCGCAAAACACUCCGUGGCAUUAUCGAGACAAAUGGCAUAGAGUGUGAAAUAGCAGGUCGUAGCUCCAAUACAAAGGCAGUCUGCAUGAACUUAAGUCGCUUAAACCACUCUUGUAAUGCAAACUGCGACUAUAGUUGGAACGAGCGUGACCAGCAAAUGGAAAUUUAUGCGCAGACGGCCAUUAGUGAGGGCGAGGAGCUAUGCAUAUCUUAUAUUGACAUUCGAGAGCCUCGACAAGUGCGGCAGCAGAUGUUGCAGGACAACUGGCAGUUUCGCUGCUGCUGCAGCAAAUGCUCCAUGCGUUUGCAUUCUGCGAGUGACAAAAGAAGACUUCGGAUGGGAGAGCUCUCUGCACUACUGUACUCGAGCAGAAAUUCGGCAAGGAAGCUGCGUAUAGCCAAGAAGCUACUCAAGCUCUAUAAGGAGGAAGAUUUUGCGAUGAAAAGCUACAAGCUGGAGGCUUGCCAGUUUGGUUACGAUUCUGCCCUGGAGCUGGGCGAUAUAGACACCGCACCGCGAUUUGCUCGGGUGGGGCUCAGAUGCUCUCUGAUCUGUCAUGGCCGCAACCACGAUACCACCAAGGAGUGGAUGGAUGCUGUGCAGGCAUGGGGGAGCUAA